AAAGAGAGAGAAUAGAGAAAGAGAAAACAACCUCCCAAGGAGCUGAAGAAUACGCCCUAGUCUCAUCUCAAGGCAGAAGGUGAAGAAUGGGAGAAGGAAAGAAGGGAUCUGGAGGAGGGGAGAAGAGCGGAGGAGCGCCCCCCAUCCAGGAGAAGAAAGGGGGGAAAGCAGACGAGGGAGGCCCAGCGCCCGAGGAUGCCCACAAGUGCUGUGGCUGUCGCUUCCCCCUGCUCAUUGCCCUGCUGCAGCUGCUGCUGGGGGUGGCCAUCACAGCCGUGGCCUUCCUCAUGGUCACCAUCAGCCCCUCACUUCUGGCCAGGGAGACACCACACUGGGCCGGCAUCAUUCUGUGUGUGGUCUCCUUGCUGGGCUUCCUCCUCUACUGCAUCACUUACGUACCAGAUGAGAGGACCUCCAUGCAAUUCAUCGCCAAACUGCUGUACUUCAUCCUGUGCACAGUGGGCCUGGUCCUCUCUGUCCUGGUCAUGGCCUUCUCUGGCCACCAUUAUGCUCAGACCAACGGCUUCAGCUGCCUGGAGGUGGGAGACGACUGUGUGUGCACCCUGGACCCCCACGACCCAAUCGCCAGGACCUUCACCUACGCGGGAGUCAGCGACUGCGGAGAGGUCACAGGCACCCUGAAGUUGUACUUCCUGCUUCAGAUUGCCCUGAACCUGACCCAGGCCCUGGUGUGUGCCCUGGGGGCCUUCGUCAUGUGGAAGCACCGCUACCAGGUGUUCUUUGUGGGGCUACAGAUGGGCUCACCCUCCUUCCAGCACUGGCAGAAGGUCUGAUGGGAAAUGUAGAAAAAAAAGAGGCCCAUGAUGGUGCUGAUACCACUAUUGAUGGUAGAGUAAGGCGGAGAGCAGCCAAUCAACAUUUCGGCUCAUUCUACUUGAAUGGACAGAGAUGUAUUACACAAAACACUUUGGUGUGUGCGUAAGUGUGUGUGUUUUGGUUGUUCUCAAUCAUAUUUACAUUUUGGGGUGGUUGACUUCUUCUAUAAUGGCUUUUCGCACAACUUUUAUAUACUGUGUGGAGAACCUUUUCGCAGUUGCCAAUGCUACAUGAGAUACUGUAUUUCUAAUAGAUGAAGAAAAUAUUCAAAACUACCAAACUGUCAGUUUUGGAAUGAUCUACCAUGAUGUUCAAUGUAUUUUUGUCAGAGAUUUCAAAAUAAUUCAGCAAAAAUCUUUAUUAUGCCACUACAAUUGAAUGUAUACAAUCUAUAAUAGUGUUGAUUAUGUUACAAUUAAAGCAAACUCAAGAC